AUGCCAAUUCUUGCAGCCCAUUCCCUCUAUCUCUUUGCCCUGUUCCUGGCACUGGCACAACCUGCCUUGUCAGUUGAACCAAUUUGCAAUGCAGCCCGUGCCUGCUCUGUCCCAAAGAUAACGCUGAUAAGUCCUUAUGAAUCUCCAGAUUCCGGUUGGACAGUUCGUGGCUCAAUGGCUUUUGCUGUAGCUGUUGAAGACACCACUACGAUCAACAAUGUUGAGUUCUUUGUCAAUGACAAGUCCGUCUACACGGAUCGCGAUUAUCCAUGGGGUCUGCUCUGGAACACUCGGGACCUUAGUCCGGGGACUUAUAGUCUCAAGGCUGUGGUUAAAAAUUCGUGCGGUGAAUCUGCAUCGAUCACUCAAGCUGUCAACGUCAAGGCACCUCUCAACAAAGCGGAAGCCAACGGUUCCGUGAUAACGUCAGGGCUCUUACCCGAGAUCAAACCAACGAUUGAAGGCAUCAAUCUUCGAGAUACGACGGUCACUGCUGGGCCAGACGGCACGUAUUAUCUCUCAGGCACGGGAGCCGACAACGACGCGUGGGUUCAUAACGAGGGCAUCAAUCUUUGGAAAUCAACCGAUCUAAAUACAUGGUCUUACGUUGGCCUUGUCUGGAGUUUCGAGCGUGAUGGCACCAAAGAUGAGAAGACCUGGUGGUGGUACAAAGAUGAACAUCUUUUUCGCGCAGUCUGGGCACCAGAAUUUCAGUAUCUGAACGGCAAUUUUUACAUCAUCUAUUCGUUGCAGUCCAAAGGCUCAAAACUCUUGGUUUCAACUACGAAGAAGCCGGAAGGUCCCUACAAAGUUGCUGGGGGGGAAGACACGAUAUUGUUCAACAACAUUGACGGAUCUUUGUUUACAUCCAUCACCGACCCGCGCUCCGGUUAUCUGUGCUACGAAAAUGGAAACGUCGUCAAGAUCAAUGAUGGAUGGAACGCGACAGUUGGCGACGUGAAGAGGAUGGAUGUUGGAGAUGAGGGAUGCUUCGUAUUCGAGUGGAAAGAGAAGUAUUACAUGUCGGUUGCCAAGUUCAUGGCUGCAGGUGGGCGUUAUAGCAGCUAUGUCGGCAUAGCAUCGCAUCCGUUGGGACCUUAUAGUCAGUUCCAUGAAGCUAUACCUUGUGGCGGCCACAACACGUUCUUCAAGGAUGAAUGCGGAACUCUAUGGGGCACGUUCUUCGGCAACGAUAAGGCGGCUCCUUGGCGGGAGAAGCCAGCAAUUGUGAAAAUGGCGACCAGGUCGGACGGUACCUUGUAUCCUGAUGAGAAUCAAGGUGUUGUGGGGUGUUGA